AUGGGGAACCAGCGACUCGGAAUAUUCCUGCUGGCGAUCGGCGUUCUCGCCGCCGCCUCCCCCGCACGCAGCACGGAGAAGAAAGCGGGGGCGGUGGUGGAGGCGAAGGACCAGGAGGCGGCAGCCACCAGCAGUCAAGAGAAGAAGCAGGAGGCGCAGAAGGCUAGCGAAGAAGAGGGCCGAGGCGAAGGCGAGCGACGGCAGGACAAGCGGGAGCUGCACGGCGGCUUCGGGGGCGGCGGGGGAUUCGGGGGCGGCGGAGACUACGGCGGCGGACACCACUUCGGGGGCGUGAAAGACGUGCCCUCGACGACGCUGACGAAGAAGAUACCGGUGCCAGUACCUCAGCCGUACCCAGUCCACGUCCCAGUGCCCAAGCACGUGCCCUACACUGUUGAGAAGAAAGUGCCCUACCCUGUUAAGGUACCAGUCGACAAGCCCUACCCGGUACAUGUUCCCAAGCCAGUACCGUACCCUGUCACCAAGGAGAUACACGUCCCAGUCAAAGUUCCCGUCGAAAGGCCGGUCCCAUACAAAGUUCCUGUGGAGAAGCUGGUCCACUACCCUGUGGAAGUGAAGGUCCCUGUACCCAAACCUUACCCCGUACACGUGGAAAAGCCGUAUCCGGUAUAUGUGGAAAAGAAGGUGCACGUACCACACCCGUACCCAGUGGAGAUCAAGGUUCCAGUACCAAAGCCGUACAAGGUCCCUGUCAAAGUCCCGAUCCACGUACCAGUUGACAAGCCGUACCCGGUUCACGUCAAGGUUUUCGUCGAGAAGCCGUACCCUGUGGAAGUACCUAAACCGUACCCAGUCGAAGUUAAGAAACCGGUGCCCUAUAUAGUCCACAAGCACGUGCCGUACCCGGUGAAGGUCCCCGUCGACAAACCGUACCCUGUCGAGGUGCCGAAGCCGUAUCCGGUUGAAGUCAAACAACCGUACCCAGUGGAGAUAGAGAAGAAAGUACCACUAGAGGUGGAGAAGAAGGUACCUUAUCCAGUGAAAGUGCCAGUCGACAAGCCUUACCCAGUCGAGGUGCCAAAACCAUAUCCAUUAGAGGUGAAAAAACCUGUACCUUAUCAUGUAGAGAAGCCUGUACCUGUCCCAGUUAAAGUUCCUGUUCCCAAGCCUGUGCCAUAUGAGGUCGUUAAACAUGUGCCGUACCCAGUGCACGAACAUCAUGAAGACUACCAUCAUGAAGACCACCAUCAUGAAGACCACCAUGGUGGAUAUGAACACCAUGAUGCAGGGUACUAAGCGAAAAUCCAUUACCCUCACUGCAAGCAUUCUAGGAAUGAUACGCCAAGAACGUGUCAGGUAUUACUCGUUAC